AGUUUUUACUUGUCUUUGUAUUUUAAAGUGUCCCUAAAAUGUUGUUAAAUGUAUUUAUUAACACUGUGGAGACGCUUUGAUUGGAUUUUUGCACAAGCUGAUGCAGCUGAAGAGCACAGUGACGGAAGGCGGCUGUGUGCGGGCGGAGCGCUUGUCGCCCCGUUGCGGUGCAGCGGGGGAGAAAGCGCCGCGGCUGCCGGACUCCAGCCUCCACGCACCGACCGCGGACUCGGGGACACACGGAAUCUCUCUGGGAACAUGGCGGCGGGAACGACAGCCUGCUCGCUCCCAUGGCGUCCAUAAACCAGGCCAUCGACGCGGCAUCUCUGAACACAGCAGUUAUGAGGGGAAACCAGCAGGCAGCAGCCCUUUUCUAAGCAACACCAACGCAGCGUGCUGUCGUAUACACGAUGGGCUACAAGAUUCCCGGGGCAGCGAUGGACAGAGUCAGCCUGCUGUGGCGUCUGAGACGUCGGGCUCGCCGCGGAGUGAUCUGCAUGACUCUAUUCUGCAUCUCCAUGGCUCUGUUCUACGCCCUCUGCGCUGAAAACAGCGUUCCUGUCACCGAUGCCAUCUUCGGCGUGCGGGCUCGGACCAGGGCUCAGCCUCGCACGCACUCUGUCAUCAAGGUGCUGCGAGGAGGAGCCAAACCCGUGUACAUGGACCCUCAGAAGCUCCCUGGCGUUGUUCCAGGGGAUCCUCGCCGUCCGAUCCCCGUCCUCUCCUCACCCAACCAAACCCGCGAGGGAGGGAAUUCGCCACCAAAGCAAACUGUAAAAGUGCGGGAGUCGGCUGGGUUUUUCACCAACCUGCUGCCGCGCCCCUUCACGCGAGCGCUGGAGACCCUGUUUGGACGCCGGCGAAAGGGCGAGCUCAGUGGCAAUAAAGGGGGGGAUGCUGAGUUCUUCGGGCCACAUGGGCUUUUGGGAGAGGUGUGGGAUGACGAGAUGUCGAGCAACAUGCUGGGAAGCCGGCUGAAGAAGGUGGUGCAGAACUACCAGGCAAUGAAUAAAUACGGAGUCACGUUGUCCGGUCCCGGUGGAGUUCCCAGCAGACCAAAGCUGAGUGGUCCCAAGCUUCUCUGCCAACUGAAGGCCAAGGUGGAAGUCUUGACAUUGACCUCCGACCUCCAGCCUUUCUCGGCGCUACCCUGGGCCACUUACCUGCCACCGAAACAGCUGACCUCUGACCUCGGGCCGUACAAGAGCUGCGCCGUGGUGUCGUCAGCAGGUUCUCUCCGAAACUCUGGGCUGGGAAAAGAGAUAGACUCUCAUGAUGCAGUGCUGCGCUUCAACGCUGCACCAACUACCGGCUUUGAAAAAGACGUGGGCUCGAAAACGACGCUCCGCCUCAUCAACUCGCAGGUGAUGGCGUCUGACGACCACCGCUUCCUGUCUAGUUCCCUGUACAGCUCAGGCGCUCUGGUGGCCUGGGACCCCGCGCCCUUUUCUUCCAAUCUCUCUCAGUGGUACAACAGGACAGAUUACCCAAUCUUCACCCAGUACCAGAGAUACAGAAGGCUUCACCCUCAGCAGCCCUUCUACAUCCUGCAUCCUCGCUUUGAGUGGCAGGUCUGGCAGCGGAUACAAGACAACAUGGCGGAGCCCAUCCAGAAGAACCCGCCCUCCUCUGGCCUGCUGGGCACUGUCCUGAUGAUGUCACUGUGCGAGGUGGUACACGUCUACGAGUUCCUGCCGUCCCGGAGAAAGACGGAGCUCUGCCAUUACUACCAGCGUUUCUAUGACGCCGCCUGCACGCUCGGCGCCUACCACCCCCUGCUGUACGAGAAGAACCUGGUCAAACGGAUGAACCAGGGCUCCGACCGCGACAUUUACACCCACGGACGCGUCACGCUGCCCGGUUUCAGCACCAUGAACUGCACCUGGGCCAAGGAAGGACUGCCUGACCUCUGACUGAUGAAACAGCAGCAGCAAAAGUGAAGAAAAAAAAAGAAGAAAGGAAUACACGACACCAUCAGAUGCAAUGCUGAACCCCGCAUGAAGAACAGAUGCAUGACAACCUCACACUCACUGCCGAACCAAAAACAGAGCUGACUGUAAAUAUAAAUGUCGUUAACAUAUACUGUAAGCACAUUUGUCUGUCAAAGCACAUGCGCUGGACUUCCAUCAACUGCGAGCUGUGCCAGCUGUAUACGUAAUGGCAUUCAUAAGAAUACUGAUAACUGAUAACAGUAGAGAUGCACCGAUUGCAAUCUUCUUUAAGGUUUAACCUGCGGAUUCUGGUUUUCUUUCAAAGAACUAAAUCAAUCCCACACAGUAACGUAUUAAACCAGUGAAUCACAGCAGGGGCCGUGUGGUUUACUAAUAAUUUGUAUCCACUUUAUCUUUAUAACACCGAGCAUCCUCAGCAGUUUUGAGUUUGUUUACUCACACAUUUCAUGGCUGAUUUUUUUUUUUUUUUUAAAGUGCCAUACAAAAUCAACAUUUGUCCGAAAAUUCAUCACCAGCUAAUAAAUCUGUGCAUCUCUACUUGUAGGGACGUUCAUUUUAGAACUUCAGCCUCACAACAUUUAAAGGACCAUACUGCUGUUUUUGCAAAUUCUUGUGUUCUUGAAUUUACUGCCAAAUAUUGUCUAAAGCUCUCAAGGUUUACAGUUAGAUAAAUUUAGUGCAUGGAGGAAAAAAAAGAGAACUUUAGCUGAUUAUUUCAUAUAAAGUGGACAGAAAUUAGUUUCACCUGCAGAUUAUUGUAAAUGAUCUGAGCGUGACAACCUGUGAUCCCAAGCAUCAGUUUCAACUUUCUAAAGUGCAACGUUUUUAUUUGAUUUUCUUCACAUAGCUCAAGAACUAUUUGGUUAAAUAAAACCGUUCCCAAUUUAGAAAGAAAACAGCAUUUUGAUGGAUGAGUCACACAUUUAAAAUACUAAUAGCAAGUAAUCCUGGUGAUUGGACAACAAAUAAUCCAAUUCAAGGGCCAAGAAACUAUACGUUUGUCCCACAUUAAUCCCAGAAAUUCUAAUGAUAGCCGGUCUCAGGUGACUUUAUUGGUAUAUGAAGGUUUGAGAAAUUUAAUCACAGUCUGUGCUCUAAAGUCUUUGAAUUGUCAUUUUCUGUAUUAGUUCAACGGCGCAUCAAUCCAUCUAAAAUCCUCCAAACUCUGCUUCUUUGUCUGUUCCUUGGCAUUUCAUUAUUAUUAUUAUUGUUAUUACUCAAAUAUUUGAAUUUUCAGUAUUUGGAAUGGUGGAGUACGAACAUUACAAUUACAGACUUUACAUCACACGUCCAACAUGUGACACGCGUUAUAAGGCACAGCCUUGCGAGGAGUACCUCAAAUUCUGUAGCUUGUAAUAGGCCAGUAUUUCCUCAAGUCAAUGUUUCUGCAUUGGAGCCUUAGAGUAGAAUUAAGAGUUAAUUUCCUGGCAAGGCGUGUGACAGAGGCAACCACACUUGCUUGAUUAGUUGUAAGUGUAAUCCCCUCAGGUGAGGUUCCAAAUAUUGCCAUAACUGGGCUGGGGAUGAUCAUUUUCUUACAAACAUAAGAGAUGCCAUCAAAGAUAGACAGCCAGAAGGAGCUCAACCCUAUCAAGACCAAAACACGUGUCUGAGGCCUCGUGGUCUCGGUCUGGUGACAUCUGUUCUAUGGCAUUUUAAACCCACUGACUUGCAUGUACCCUUCAAAAUCCUCAGAAUUUUUUUAUUUGUUAUUUAGUAGCAGGAUUCUUGCAUGAAUAAAUGUAUAUAAAUGAACUUUUUUUUUUCAACCAAAUAGUGGUAAAACAUUAUAUAGAGUGGAUACUAGCUGUGUUAAAUACAUGCAGUGAUGCAAGAAAGCAGAAGUUCUGAUAUGGUUCUCCAAAUGUAGAUCAUCAAUGUUAAGUUUACAGAAUUUAUUGUUGAUGGACCGAAAUGUGCAAAAUCAGUAGUAUGGUCCUUCAGAAAGUGGCUAUAUUUAUUAACAUAUCAGCAGUUGUCAUUUAGCUUAAGAUUUUACAUUCAAGAUCUUUUUUUGAGACGAGUCAUUUGUUUUUAAGAUUUUCAUUUUAAGAUGCUUGGUUUCCUGAUGUUCUGUUUGUUUUUGAUUUUCUUCUGGCUGAUUUAGACAAACGUAAAAUUAUGUAGCAUGAAAGUACUGAGCUUUUAGAUGGUUUUAGAUUUCCUGGUUCUAUGUUGUCAACGCUGGUUAUCUAUCAUUACAUUCACUGCUGUCUCCCAGCUCAGUUAAAAGUAACUUCCCAUGUUUACAUUUAGAUUUUAGCUUUGGUAAGGAAAAAGAAAGAAAAUAAAUAAAAAUUGCCCCAGGGGGUACAAAGUUGGCGCCACAUCCUCAUAAAUGUUGGCAUCACCAGCAAUCCUGGACUCUUACUAUCUAACCAGUUCCCUUCGUCUUUGUGUCAACUGGAGUUUUGUGUCAUUAGUACAAAAAAUAAGCAGAAUGUUAUGACUUUUAAGGUUUCCCUGACUGCUGGCUAGAACUCAGUACCUGAGGAUUUAAUGUCUUACUAAAGAAGGUUUCUCAUCUGCCAAUUAUGAGAUAUGUGUCAUAUUUAAGGGUAAAGCAGUAACAAAGACACAUUUUAAUCAGCGGGGUUUAGGUAGCCAUAAUGAUUCAUGCACUUUCAUUGAUAACCAGCAGCUUGUAUUCGUAUUGAAACUGAGCGUGACUGCACAACGUAUGUGUGAUUUAACCGCAAAGACUGAGGACUCUUAAAGAGCCGUAAUCCUUGAGCCCUGUGUUUUUAGCACAGGAACUAAAAGUGACGUGGGGGACAAAGUUUAGUUCCCACUGGAGAGACUAAAAUGGUUAGACUGGUCUGGUACUUGUAGCAUCUCACGUCCAACUUUCUUUCAGUCAUUUCACGUUUUAAUCUCCAGCGGAAAAAUGGUGUGUAUUGGUUUGGUUGUAUAAAUUCAACGCAAAUUUGUUUUCAUUGGUUAUAUGUUUACGGCUCCGUUAAGGUUCUGCGUAUGCUCCGGGUGGUGGCUACACGUAGCUUUGCGUAAAAACUACCUGUUGUAGCUUUUUGCUUCCAUUUGUAGGUAACCAAAACUCCAAGUUUCCUAACUUAUGCAUGGCUUUUUCUAUUUUCAGUAUUAUCGCAGCAGUCCGAAGGGGCUUUGUAACUUUCUUUCUAUUAAAACUAAUGCAUGUUUGAGUAGUGUAGCAAAAGGGAGAAGGCAACAGCGAACUCUGAUAAACAACUGCUGCAUGAUGCUAACGCAGCUAAUCGCUUUUCUCCAUAUAUUUUUACUAGCAUGCAAACAGACAAUGGGUUUUAGUGUACUGUGCUUCUUUGAAGAUGGACUUUGAAUUACUUGAGAGCAGGCAAACGGGUCGGAUGUCUUAAACUGGAUAAUCAAAUGCACAAUGCAACACUGAAUGUAAGCACAGCAAUGUCCUCUAUGGAUGAGUCUUGCCAGUAUACAAAAGUUUAACACGACUGCCAUUUCACUGGUCUUUUCCCAGUGGUCUUCGUUGACUUUUGGUCUAUUUAUUUUUUCCUUGAAAACAUAUCAUGUGCAGAGCUACUUUGACUACAUUUGAAUGGGAACUGUUGGGCUGUUUUCAUCCCUGCGUAUUAGAUUUAUUUUGUGAGCCCACAAGGGUACGUGCCCUGUCUUUAAAGACCACCCCUCAUUAACAGCUCACUGUCAUCUAAUUGGACAACUUUAGGGAGCUUGUCAAUUGGCAGCAUGUUGUAUUUGUCAGCUUAAUGCCGCCAACUGGUGGGCCUGCUGCGCCUGUAGUACAUCACUGUAAAAUUAAAUGAAAUGAGCUUCAGAUAUUUUUGUCAUUUAGUAAUAAAAAAAAACAUUACAAAGGCUCUCUCACUACCUAUUUAUCUACCUAUCUCAUAGAAAUGUGCUUUUUUGAAGUCAUGGUCCCAUUAUGAAUUUCAAUCUUUAGUGUUUCUAAUGACUUUCUUUUUUUUUUUUCUUUUAAAUUGCUUAACCUAGCAAGACUUAGUUGUUUUUUUUGCUCAGCAAGUGAACACUUGAAUAAUUGAUGUCAUUGCACAUAAAAGUUUCUUCCUAUGCAGUUGCUCUCUCGUCCCUAUUCAGCAUGAUGUGAAACCUUCUGAGCCUUUUUUGUUUUAGCUGACAGAUGCACUUUCCCUCUGCUUUGCCUUCACCCUCAAGGCUUCUGAAAGGGUUGUUUUAACGGAUAGAUGUAGAAUUAGUUGGUUUAUGUAUUUUUAAAUUUGUUAUAUUUUGUCCUACUCGAUGUAUUUUCUUCUGUGCUACGACGGGCCUCUCAUCAUAGAAGCAGCAGGGCAAAAGAAAUGCACUUCAGCUGCAGCUUUUAAAGAGCAGUUGACUUUUCAUAUUGACUCCAUUCUUAUUUCUCUCCUUUUAGUUGUUCCUAUGAUAUAUGAAUAAUUCAUGGAAGUUUGAAUUCACAGCGCCAAAAUCUGAUACUGUUAGCUCCUGGUUAUUCUGUGUCAUAUAGUUUUAAAAGUUGUAAUUGUAGAUAUUAAACACAGAUUGCUUGUUGCUAAGUCAAGUUCUGAUUCCAAAUGAUUAACUUUUGUUCAUUUUCAUUGUUGGCUGACUUGUUCAACCUGUCAAGUUAUUAAUACAGUUGUUUCCAAUGUGAUGUUGGGUAUCCUUGGGAAGAUCCUGAGAUUAUUUUGAAGGGUUGAGACGGCAAUAUUUCCAUUUCCUACACUUUCUUCAUCCUGCUCAAGGUUGUGAGGGGAGUGGAGCCUCUCCUGGCUGUCAUCAGCCAAGAGAGGCUAAUGAAUAAGGGAAAUGUGAAGAAAACAUUUUUGAGGUAGCAGAGCCCCCAGCUGGUGGACACUUUUAGUUCUUAUGAAAAGAUUUGACACCAAUACAUCUUUGAAGUGUAAACUGGUAGGCUACUGUAUUCAACUUGUGAAUAAAUAUUAAUAUCCCCCCACUUACACUGUUAUUUGGUCACUAACUUC